AUUUUUCUUUUCAAAAGGUGUUCAAACAAUUCAGAAGCACAAAAUCUAACACAUAUCUUGGAAUUCUAUCUAUUGGGAUUCUCAGAAGAUCCUAACCUGCAACCUAUUCUUCUUGUGCUUUUCCUGUCCAUGUACCUGGUCACGGUGCUGGGGAACCUGCUCAUCAUCCUGGUUGUCGGCUCUGACUCCCACCUCCACACCCCCAUGUACUUCUUCCUCUCCAACCUGUCCUUGGCUGACGUCUGUUUUGUCUCCACUAUGGUCCCAAAGAUGAUUGUGGACAUCCAAAGUCACAGCAGAGGCAUCUCCUAUGUGGGCUGCCUCACACAGAUGUCUGCGUUUCUCACUUUUGCGUGUAUGGAUGACAUGCUUCUGAGUGUGAUGGCCUAUGAUAGGUUUGUGGCCAUCUGCCACCCCCUGCAUUACCAGGUCAUCAUGAACCCUCGCUUCUGUGUCUUCUUAGUGUUAGUGUCAUUUUUGGCCAGUCUUUUGGACUCACUGCUGCACAACUUGAUCAUCUCACAACUGACAUCCUUUAGCAGCGUGCAAAUUGCCAACUUCUUCUGUGACCCUUCCCAGCUUCUUAAUCUUGCUUGCUCUGGUUCUUUCAUCAAUAACAUUACCAUGUAUUUUGUUCUCACUGUCUUUGGAUUUCUUCCUAUCUCGGGGAUCUUUUUCUCUUACUAUAAAAUUACUUCCUCCAUUCUGAGGGUUCCCUCCUCUGAUGGGAAGUGUAAAGCCUUCUCCACCUGUGGGUCUCACCUGUCAGUAGUUUGUCUGUUUUAUGGGACAGGCCUUGGAGUGUACAUUGACUCAGCUGUAUCACAUUCUUCCAGAAACAGUGCAGUGGCCUCGGUGAUGUACACUGUGGUCACCCCCAUGGUGAAUCCUUUCAUCUACAGCCUGAGGAACAGGGACAUUAAAGAUGCCUUAAGGAGGCUCCACAGCAGAAUGGUCUAA